AUGUCUGAGGGGCUCUGGGAACAGGAACAGGGCUCAGUGAGUGGACAGCGUGGGCUCCUUGCCCCUGUGAACGCCUGCCUGACCCUCCCUUCUUCUCCCAGGUCCCAGGGCCUCUCCUUGGUGCUGCUGCUUCCUCUGCUGCUGCUGCUGGGCCCAACCUGGCAGGCCACUGGCCAGCGCUGCCCAUGGACCUGCGUGUGUGACAACUCCAGGCGGCAUGUUGCGUGCCGGCACCAGAACCUCACCGAGGUGCCGAACGCCAUCCCCGAGCUGACCCAGCGGCUGGACCUCCAGGGCAACAUGCUGAAGGUGAUCCCUCCAGCUGCCUUCCAGGACCUGCCUUAUCUGACACAUCUGGACCUGCGGCACUGCCAGGUGGAGCUGGUGGCUGAGGGUGCCUUCCGUGGCCUGGGCCGCCUGCUCCUUCUCAACCUGGCUUCCAAUCGCCUGACUGCGCUGCCCCAGGAGGCGCUGGAUGGGCUGGGCUCGCUGCGGCGGCUGGACCUGGAGGGGAACAUGCUGGAGGAGCUGCGGCCAGGGACGUUCGGGGCACUGGGUGCACUGGCCACACUGAACCUGGCACGCAACGCCCUUGUCUACCUGCCUGCCAUGGCCUUCCAGGGGCUGCUGCGCACCCGCUGGCUGCAGCUGUCCCACAACGCGCUCAGCGUGCUGGCCCCUGAGGCCCUGGCUGGCCUGCCCGCCCUGCGCCGGCUCAGCCUGCACCACAACGAGCUGCAGGCCCUGCCCGGGCUGGCCUUGUCUCAGGCCCAAGGCCUGGUCCAUCUUGAGCUGGGCCACAAUCCAUUCACCUACAUGGGGGAGGAGGACGGGCUGGCACUGCCCAGCCUGCGGGAGCUGAUGCUGGACCACGGGGCCCUGCAGGCUCUGGACCCCAGGGCCUUUGCCCACUGCCCACAUCUGCACACUCUGGACCUCCGUGGGAACCAGCUGGACACCCUGCUGCCACUUCAGGUUCCGGGGCAGCUGCGCCGGCUGUGGCUGCAGGGGAACCCGCUGUGGUGUGGAUGCCAGGCCCGGCCACUGCUCCAGUGGUUGGCACGGGCAUGCGUGCGCUCGGAUGGUACGUGCAGGGGUCCCCAGCGCUUGCGAGGUGAGGCCCUGGAUGCCCUGCGGCCCUCGGACCUGCGCUGUCCUGGAGAUGGAGCAGAGGAAGAGGAAGAGGACCUGGCUGCUGUGCGGCCCCGCGGCCCUCCCAGUGCCCCCAAGGAGGAGGAUGGGGCGGCCAAGCCCUGCCCGCGCGUCUGCAUGUGCGCCUCUGAGUCCCGGCACAGCGGCUGUGAGGGCCGAGGCCUGCAGGCUGUACCCCGCGGCUUCCCCAACGACACCCAGCUCCUGGACCUGAGGCAGAACCACUUCUCUUUGGUGCCCCGCGCGGCCUUCCCAGGCCUGGGCCUCCUGGUGUCGCUGCACCUGCAGCACUGCGGUAUCGUGGAGCUGGAGGCGGGCGCCCUGGCAGGGCUGGGCAGCCUGAUGUACCUCUACCUCUCUGACAACCAGCUGUCAGGUCUCAGCGCUGCCGCCCUCGAAGGGGCCCCUCUCCUGGGCUACCUGUAUCUCGAGCGCAACCGCUUCCUGCAGGUGCCAGGGGCCGCCCUGCGUGCCCUGCCCGGCCUCUUCUCCCUGCACCUGCAGGACAAUGCUGUGGAUCGCCUGGCCCCUGGGGACCUGGCAGGUGUGCAGGCCUUGCGCUGGCUCUAUCUGAGUGGGAACCGCAUCACCCAAGUGUCCCCUGGGGCCCUGGGCCCAGCUCGGGAGCUGGAGAAGCUGCACCUUGACAGGAACCAGCUGCGAGAGGUGCCCACUGAGGCCCUGGAGGGGCUGCCUGCCCUCCUCGAGCUGCAGCUCUCGGGGAACCUGCUCAGGACCCUGAGCCAUGAGGCCUUUCGGCCCGUGGGCCUGUCCCUGCAGCACCUCUUCCUGAACAGCAGUGGCCUGGAGCAGAUUUCUCCCGGGGCCUUCUCGGGCCUGGGACCCCAGCUCCAGAGCCUAUACUUGCAGAAGAACCAGCUGCAGGCUCUGCCGGCCCUGCCCGGUCUCAGCCAGCUGGAGCUCAUCGACCUCAGUGGCAAUCCCUUCCGCUGCGACUGCCAGCUGCUCCCACUUCACAGGUGGCUCACUGGGCUGAACCUGCGCGUGGGGGCCACCUGUGCCGCGCCCCCCAGGGCCCGUGGCCAGAGGGUGAAGGCUGCAGCUGCUGUCUUUGAAGCCUGCCCGGGCUGGGCUGCCAGGAAGGCCAAGCGGACCCCCAGUGCCAGGAGAAUAACUCUGAAGGGAAGACAGUUGGGAGCAGACAAGGUUGGCCUCGGGGCAGCCCUCGGGGAGCUCGUGUGGACGCUGAGCUUGGCUCAGGAGCAGCAGCUCUGA